UGAUGCCCGCCUACAGGGUAAUUUAGCCUUUCAUGAAUAAGCGCUGGUCUUGUCUCGACAGAAAAUGAGAUAAGGACCCUUGCAAAUAUGCAUGUGGAUAGGGAUGAUCUGCAGGCGUUGAAGAUACGGACUUCCCGUUCCCCAGAUUUGUUGUUCUUUUGUUCAAUACUCUCCUUCCGCUACAAGACUCAGGUUGAUACGGCACGGAUCUCAAUCUUCAUUGACCAGACGUCACCAUGGCCGGUGGAUUCAAACCGCUCGCAAAGAGGCUGGAGGUGCCGUAUGAAGGCGGCACCAUCCCGAGCCGCUGGAUCAACAACGACAUCAAACCGAUUGAGAAAGGUCGGAGGACAUGGACGUUCUGGACGUUCCACAACCUAUGGGUCUUGACCAAUACAAAUAUUUCCACGUACAUGACCGGAAGCUCUCUGAUCGCUCUCGGUCUUACCUGGUGGCAAGCAAUCAUCGCCAUCAUUGUCGGUGCAAUCUUGUCAACGGUCUUCAUCGUGCUCAACUCCAUGCCCGGAGCAUAUUACCAUCUAGGCUUUCCCAUUGCCAACCGCUACGUUUGGGGCAUGUAUGGCAGCUCGUUCGUCAUUUACAACAGAAUCCUCCUUUCCCUGGUCUGGUAUGCCGUGCAGUCCUGGAUCGGCGGACAAUGCGUGUACGUGUGUCUGGAAGCCAUCUGGCCAAACCUCGAGCAGCGCAUCCCCAAUCACAUCCAUGCCACAGGCUUGACAUCCGCAACUUUCCUGUGCUAUGCGAUCUUCUGCAUCAUAUCGUUGCCGCUGAUCUGGAUCCGGCCCCACAAGUUGAAGGUCUUUUUGUACGUGGGCGUUGCGUCAAUUUUGAUAUUCGAAGUCGUUCUGUUGAUCUGGGCGCUCGCCACGAUGGACGGUUUUGGCAGUACCAUCUCCAGUAAGCCCGCUACUCAAGACAGCUCCGUGGGCUGGACCAUAUUGUACGGCAUCAUCAGUGCGAUCGGCGGGAUUGCAGCAGGUAUCCUGAACCAGAGCGACUAUGCGCGUUUCGCCCGCCGACCAAGAGACGCCAUCUAUGGUCAACUUGCCAGCGCCGCGACAUACUCGAUAAUCAGCUCCGUGAUCGGGAUCCUGGUUACAGCUGCGACUCAACAACGCUAUGGCGGAGCUCUGUGGAGUUUGCCUGACUUAUUGGUCGCGAUGAUGCACGCCGGCGGCUCCCGAUCUCGUGCCGCUGGGUUCUUCGCUGGGGCUGCACUGGUCGUUUCGCAGUGGGGUAUCAAUAUCCCUGGCAAUGCACUUUCCGGCGGGUUCGAUCUGGCCGCAACAUUUCCGACGUAUAUCAACAUUCGACGUGGCGCGUAUCUCACUGCGCUGCUUUCCAAUGUAGUCAAUCCGUGGCAGCUGCUCGCUUCGGCGUCAACAUUCCUUGCCGUCCUGUCGAGUUAUGGCGUCUUUCUGGGGCCAAUGAUUGGUCUGAUGAUUUCGUCGUAUUACAUUGUGAAUCGCAGGAAGAUCAAGGUGGAUGAUUUGUACCGAGGAGAUGAGACCAGCAUAUACUGGUUCACGUGGGGGAUCGAUUGGCGGGCACCAAUAGCGUGGGCGCUGGGCGUGUUUCCGUCAAUGCCAGGAUUUGUAUCGAACGUGAACACCUCGAUUUCUGUCUCCAUCGGAUGGACGCGAGUGUACUAUAUUUCCUUCCUGGUGGGAUUCUCGAUCUCAGCGGUUGUCUAUGUGGGGUUGCACCACUUCUUCCCAGCCCCUAAUGUCAAGGAUUUCGUCUUGUCGCCAACGAUGGCGAAGCAGACGAUGGCAGACGCUCAGACGGGGUGGGAUAACGAGAGUGUGCAGAGUCAGAGUGUCUUGCCGAAGGAUGUGCAGGAUUUGGAGGAAUUGCCGAAGGAAAUCUGAUCGCGUGCCUCAGAAAGAGGUCAUGACGAGAUAUGAAUGAUGACUGACACGAGAUGAGAUGUGGCCAUGAUUAUGGCUGUAUGACCGUCGUAGCUGGUAGUA